AUAUAUUCUCUCUCAUUCCUUCAAAUCAACUAGAAUCCUGUGUUCCCAUAUACCGUGGUAUGUGGUUUCUUCCUAUGCAAGAUAUAGUCAGGAACUGUAAAGGUUAACUCAGACAACCAAUUAGGUAUCGGUGAUAUGAUGGUGGUUCUCAGCACAGGUUAGUUGGUCCAGAUGUCGGAGGACCAGCGGCACCAGCGGGCCGAUGCCUCCCAGACGGCGAAGGGAGGUCUGGAGACUGGGGAGGGCGACACGGAGCCCAGCAUGUUGCUGCAGAAACUAAACAGCAACAUCUCUAAGAACGUUCAGACCAAAGUGGAUCAAAUCUUGCAAGACGUUCAGCGCUUCUCCGACAAUGACAAGCUGUAUUUGUACCUCCAGCUGCCCUCUGGACCCAGCUCCGGAGACAAAGGCGGUGGCGACCCCAGUUCAUUCAACACAGCCGACCAGCUUCACACCUGUAACUGGAUCCGCAGUCACCUGGAGGAGCAUUCAGACACCUGUCUGCCCAAACAGGACGUCUACGAGACGUACAGGAGGUACUGUGAGAACCUGCAGCACCGUCCUCUGAGCGCUGCCAACUUUGGGAAGAUCAUCAGAGACAUUUUCCCCAACAUCAAGGCGAGACGACUCGGAGGCAGAGGACAGUCCAAGUACUGUUAUAGUGGCAUCAGGAGAAAGACGGUUCUCAACAUGCCUCUGCUGCCCAACCUGGACCUAAAGAAUGACCCGUCGGAACUGACUGAACUGGUCCAGACCUACAAACAGGAAGUGACGGAGGCGGCCUGCGAGCUGAUCUGUGAUUGGGCUCAGAAGAUCUUGAAGCGUUCCUUCGACACGGUGGUGGAGAUAGCUCGCUACCUGAUCCAGGAGCACAUUGUAAACCCUCGCUGCAGCCAGGCUAAGCUUGUCACGUCUGCAGCACUCGCAGGUGGUCCAGCUAAAACCCACAAAGUCAUUAAGAAGACUCCUGUGAUCUCUCAAGCUGAAGGAGAUGGAGCUGCAGACCAGAAGAAGGAACAGGGAGAUGUGUCCUCAUCCUCACCGAAGCUUUCUUCUGGAGACAAAUCGACAUCAGCAGUACCCAAGCCUUCCUCAGCAGAUGUUCCCCCUCCUGCUCCUCCUCCUCCUCCCUCUUCUUCCUCUUUGCAACCAGCAGUGGAGGCGUUCAUAAAGCAGUUACCCAGAAUCCUGCCUCGUAGCCCCAUCCCGGAUAAGACCUUCUCCGUCUGCUCCUCUGUGCCCCCCCAGACCCCGGCAGAUGCCUCUGCUGUUGGAGUGCAGUCUGCACACGGAUGCCCUGCUGCUGCUGCUCCUGCCAACAGCGGUGGGGUGAAGGUUAUUACUAUGACAACACUGUCCCAGCAGCAGGGCAGGCCUCUCCCGGUGAUGAUUCUUCCUCAGGGCUGUUUGUCCUUUGAGACGGACAAGGUAGCGCCGCCUCCUUCUCUUUCUGCCCAGCAGCACACCGGGGCAGCCCCAACCUCUGUGGUCCAGAAAGCUCGAGGGACCACCACCAAGCGUCCCCUGGAAGGGGAAGCAUCAUGUGUUGGUGCUGUUGGUGUUUCGGCUGUUUCUUCUCUCAGCAGUUCUCCGGUUAAACGGAAACGCGGACGACCAAGAAAAACCCGUCCAGAAGACCUGGUUCCUUCUCCUUCUGUGGCUGUUCCUCCUCCUGCGCCUCCAAUCAUCACACCAUUAACUGGCGGCGUCAUCCAGAAGGCUACUUCCUCCUUGUCAUCCUCCACACAGACGGUGGUGGAGCUGGUGAUCCAAGAACCGCCUGGACUGGUUCUGGGUCAGCUGCCGGCCAUGUCUGAUCCGGCUCAUCGAUUGGUGGAUCCCCGCGGGAUGGUGGUACAGUGCCAACCGAGUGGGGCAGCCGACCUGGACAGCCAUGUUAGGCCCGUGCUGCUCUUUCAAAGUCCUGGAAACCCCAGCUGGGAGUUGUCCCCGUCCGGGCGGACCCCGAUGGUGGAAGUCAUCCAGAAAGCUCCAAGACCAGGCAAUAACAGCUGCAGCACGGCUCCCCCUCCGACCGCACACCUCCAUUCACCUCCUCUCCCUCUGCCCACGCUGCACGAGGAGCAAAGCGAGGUGGAGAUAACGCUGACGCCAGUGGAAGUGCACGUCAACCCGCCGCCCACUUCCAUCUCCACCUCCUCUGCUGCUCCUGCCUCCUCCCUCUCAAUCUCCUCCACCAUGGUGGUAAAGAUUGAGGAGGAGGAAGUAGAAAACAGCUCCCCAUCCCAGAGAGAAGGACAUUAACUGGCACCAGCCACCUUCUUGUUUAUUAUGUUCCUCUCAUUGACUCCAUCCCUCAGAUUUGACCUUAACUGCUAAAUGUCUCCUCCCCUUCAUCUAUCCUUGUCCUGAUUGGUGGAAAAUCCCAGAUUGGCUAGAGCAGGAAGCCAAUCCAGCAGGAUAAAUGAAGCCAAAAAGUCCACAUGCCACCAUUCUGUUCCAGUGCAUUCGUAAACUGCGCUUCUUUACCUGCAUGUCUGUCCGUGGGCGACUUGUGGUUAAACUCUGAACCACUCUCUUUACCUUUUUCCCUCUUCCCUUCCUCGCCUUAUUUGCUGUAUCUUUAACCCCCCCCCCCCCCCAAAAAAAAAAAAUCCUGCGCUGUUUGUCUUCUUUGCUUAACUUUAAAUAAUGAAAAACUGUGCAAAGUUAAAAUUAAGAGGAAGAAGAUAAGGUGCCAUGUUUUUUAAACAUGCCUCAGAUAUUGAUAAUACAGGUGGUACAUACGGGUUAUCCUUCUAAAGGUUCUCUGUGGUAAAUGGACCAGAACCAAGCUUUGUUUCACCUUCAGGCCAUAAAAUGUGUUCCUGAGGAAAUUGUUGAAGUUCUGAUAAUAAUAGUAAUAUUAAGAAUUCGAUGAAUGUGAGUUAAAGCUGGGUUCAGCUCUUCUCUUCUAAAGAGUUACUUUGUUUUAAGCAGAUUUGUCAUUUUAUCUGUGUGGGCUUUGCACAAGUCUCUGAUUGUGUGUUUGAGUUUGAAAGCUUGAAAGCAUAAAGUUGUUCAUUACCCAGAAUAAUAUAUCAAGUAAAAUGAGUCAUUUUAUAUCUAAAAACAACAAUUUUAUACAUAAACCUCAAUAUGUCAGAAUUAUUCCAGAAAACAUAGCUUGACCUGCCGCAGAUUCAGAAUCGUUCCUGUAGAUUUCAGAAGGUUUGUUGGUGAAACUCUGAAACAUAUUAGGUUGGGUCUGAAAUCCAUCUUCUAUGAUCUAAAACACAUGAAAACAUGAACAGUGAGGAAAGUUGCAGAUACUGACAGGGUUUUUUUUGCUUUUAGACGUAUAAAUUCAGUCGAGAACCAAAAAUGCUUCAGCUGUUUGCUUAGCUUAGAACCGGAUCGAGAUGGUAUAUGGAUCAAAAUCCUAUAUGCAGAAUAAAAACAAAUAUUAGAGUUUCCUUAACAGUUUUCGUUAGCCCCUUUCAGAUCAUAUCCCAUUAUAAACAUGCAAACACAAGCCAUACUCUGUAGCUCAAUUUGUUUUUGGCAUCACACAACUUGAUCCAGGUUUUCAUGGUUUGAUAACCAUGAUAUAGCCGUACAACAAAGAUUCAUAAAGAUCACCCUGUUGCUUUUGUUUUUAAGAGAAAAGAACAAUUACUUCCAACUCUUGGUGGAAUAAUAAACUUCUAAUUGCUGCUGUGACGAUAUCUAUAAAAUUUGCGUAAUGUAGCUUUCAAGUAGAAGUGCUUAUUGUUGUUUUUUUUCUGCUCUUUAUAUAGUAACCCCGGGCGUAUGACAAGUAAAUAUCAGCUUGUGAAUUAGUCAGGUUAUCUGCUGGUGUACAGCCUGCAGUGGGUUGCCUAACGAUGAUGCCUGUAGCUUUCUCGCUUUCUAACUGCUUCAUUACUUUCCACUCCAUGUCUUUCCAAACUACUGAAUUUGUCUUUGCUAUGAGGAAGAGAAAAAAAGUCUAGAAGUCUUCUAUCAGCCAGCUAAACACCAGUGCACAGCAACAGAAGGGUGCGGGGUGGCAUUGCACAAUUUUAUAUUUUAUACCACCUAAGAAAACUGUUUAACGUUUGUUUUUUUAUUAAAGGGACUUUAAAACCUAGUGGAGGUAUGGUGGAAAAUGUGAGCAGUUUUGAAGCUGUAUCUCUAAAACUUUGGCGUACUUGGAUACCAGCUAGGGUGUGAGCUCAUACAACUCAGCUGCGUUUACUUUAGCAAUCUGCAUUUUCAAGAGAUAACAGAUGAUCAUCAUCCAGGUUGUUCAAAUGCUCCGAAAGCUUCGGAUGGAGCCAAAGCUGUUGUUCAUGCUCAGCGUGAAAUCUGCAACAGAUUCAGCUUGAUGUCUUUCUUAUCAUUUGAUUCAGUGAUUACCUCCUGAGGUGGAUCAACCGUGUUGGGUCAACUUCACCCACCCUGGAUGAAACUAAUAUGCAGGGCAUCAAUAACAACAAACAACAGAUAGAAAUUUAUGAACUGAAAGGGGCUAUUGACACAAAUAAAGGAUUAAAUUGGGAGAAUAAAUCACGUGAUGCAGGCUGUGAGCUAAAAACUAGAUCUCAGAAACAGCAGGAAUACGGUGAAGUUUGUCCUUAAAUGCUAAUAGAUUAGCUCCAGCUCAGGCGCUAGUAGUGCAAAGCACAAGGAAACCUGCCACGUAGCACUAACCCGUAUAGAUGCAGUAAGAUGUAUUAAUUACUGGGUGAUAUUUGUGCAGUUGUUGGUUUUCUGUAGCCGUGAGGUUUUAGAUUUCACGUUUAACCUGGUAGUUGCUUAGCUGUUGUGUGUUGCCAUCGUGCCCUUUGAACCAAGUUCAACCACCUCCUGCAGCUUGCAGCCACAUCUCAGUCAGCAAUGUGACAACACCAUGUUUCUUAUGUCCUUUCUUCAACAUGGCUGCUGAAGAACAGUGUUUCACUGCUUUCAAAUAUCUCUAGAAAUAAACCAAAUAACUCAGGAUGUUGGAAGUUUUGUGUACCACACCUUACUCUUAUUUCAGAUGAACAAUUUCAAUGGAAACGUGUCAAAUUUCUCAGAAGGUCUAGAUCUAGAUAGUUUUCCUCACAGUUCAUAUGCAACACAACAGGAAAGAAUUAUUUCUUCUUUCACCUUUUAAUUUUUGGUGGUUUUCAUGGAAAUGUCACAUUGCUGACGCUCUGCUCUUCACCUCUGCCAAACAUUCUGUCGCUCCACUAAAGGGCGUCUUCUUCAUCAUUGGUGCUACACCAUCAUAGGGCUCCACAACUUUGUCGGCCCUUCCUGUUUCCCCAUCCUGUGGGUACAGAUUUGUAAAAAAAAAAAAUCCAAUUUGUGGACUUGUGUGACUAAAGACUUGUGGUGUCCCGGGUGUGUGUCCCCAUGUUUCCCUCUAUCCUCACAUGGGUUUUUGUUUUGUUCAAAGGACCCUGAAAAUGUCAAGACUGUUAUAAAAUACAACCUCGUUGCAUUAUGGCAGAAGGACGUUUAGCACUGUUGUAAAGCAAGAGAAAGCUUGGUUGUAUGCUCACUGCCCUAAAUUUCUGAUUUAAAAGAAGCACUAAUGAUAAUAUUAGUCCAUCACCUGCGUUUGGUGAAGUGCCAUAUAAUGCAUCCUUCCACAUGGUGGGAAAACUGCUCGGUUCACCGCUUCUCCAACAGAACUGAAACAAACAUUGCACUGUUGAAGGUUUAAAGAGGGACUCUGUAUGUAUAUUAUGAGUUUUGUGUACUGAGAAAAUCCUUUGUCAAGUAUUUAUGAGUGAUGUAAUAUUCUGCUUAAUGCUUGCACUCUGCUAGAGGCCGACAUCUGCCGGCUCAGACUUUUAUUUCACUAGAGUAAUAAUCCUUAUUUAAACUUUUACUCAGUUAAGAGUUCAAUAAUGCAAAAAAUAAAUUGUUUUCAUAUAAUGGUUUAAGUAACUUGAGGGUAUUGGAUGGUUCAAAGCAACAUUUCACUGGUGGGCUUUGGUUGGAACAAUAGUAAAGUAAAAAGGUAUCACUUUAAAGGUCUCAGUAUGCAGCCUGUUAUGGUUGCCGGUCGGUGACUCAGAAUGUUUAGAGAUAAAAACUCAAGGUUUAGGAGAUGCCUUCAUAUGACCAUCCAGAGGUUCUCUUCUGGUACUUGACAACAUGAUUGUUCUCUUCAGAGACAAAUUUGAUGUUGAUCUGCAUUAGUUCGGACCUUAGACUUGAUUUGUACUCUGAUUUUCUUGAUCGAUGGUAAAUAAUGGUGUCUUCGGUCCCUGACUAAUUCAUACCACCAUUCCCAACUCACUUAAAUUUCUUUCCUGCAAACAAACCUUUGGUACGUAGUCAGUCAGUCAGUCAUUUUCUACCGCUUAUUCCAUAGUGGGUCACGGGGGAGCUGGUGCCUAUCUCCAGCAGUCUAUGGGCGAGAGGCAGGGUACAACCUGGACAGAUCGCCAGUCCAUUGUAGCUGUUGCUUAUUAUUUUUUGUCUUUUGUACAGACAAAAAUUAGCAUUUUGAUUUAAUUAUGAAGAUAAACCACCAUAAAUCUUGCAUAAUGUUUAAUUUAAUUGCAUUAUAUUUUCAGAAGAUUUUUGUAUUACCUCCUUGCUCCAUUGAUUGUGGUUCUGAUUUCUGUUGAGCCAGUCGUCUCUUAUAAAACAUAGGAGGUUAUGACUCCUGAUUAAACCACAAAAACUGAGGGACCUCCUGCUGGUAAAUGUUAUCUAUUAGAGUCAUAUAACCACAUUCUUUAGAGGAGACUGAGGUGAUUGACUUGUUGUCAAAGUGAAUACAAAACAGUCCAGGACGGAUGGCUCAAUUUUGUCCUCAGAAAGACUCUGGUAUAAAAUGGCGAACAGACAAAAUCAGCGGCAUCUUCUCGAAGCAUUGAGACUUGUUUUAGCUCAGGAACUUACUUAGAGGUCUGGAUCUGCAACAGCAAAAAAAAAAAAAAGAGUUAUCCUCUUGGUCUCCUAACUGAGCUGCCCAUUGUUCUGGUUAGCCCUACAAGUUUAGAUGUUUCUACUGAAAGAAUGCUGUUAUGUGUGAGAUUGUUACCAAAGCCCAUGGGGAGAUGAUGCUGAUCUCAGAUCUGAUCUGGAAGUGAAAUGUUGCUUCAGGGACUGAGAUGUUGUUUUAAAAGGGUCAGGUUAAAACCUGACACCCCCCGCCCCCCCCUGCAGAACCAUGCUGGGCCAAACAGGUCAAACUGGAAGAUAAUUGGAAAGAAAAUCACUAUGAAUGAGUUGUCUUCAUUUCUUGUAGACAAUAUGUUUAUAAUAGGAGUUAUAACUCCAAUGUAGCUUGUUUUUGGAGCUCUCACUGACUUUUCUGAACAGAUUUAUUUUUACGUACUCUCUGUGUGAAUGUUUGGAAGAAGAGAUGUGCAGUAAAACAAAGAUUUGGGGUCAAAAAGAGCUUCUUAUGUUCAUUUGGAUUCUGAUCUGGGAUUUUACUUCAGGGGAAAUUAGUAACAAAGAGUUAUCAGAUAACAUGUUGACUGAAAAGUCAGAGUUUAGUCAGCUGACUUGCUGUAAGGUGAUCAAAAAUGGUGAAUUCCUAGUUCGGUUUCAGGCGAUUCAGAAGCCGACAUGAUCUUUUCUGUGAGCUGGAGGUAGAUUUUUUGGAACUUGAAUGUUUGAAGCUUAAGAAGCUUAAAAGAAGAGCAGAGAAGGACUUUGGUUUGAUGCAGAACUUGGAGUUUAGAGGUGAAAUAGGUAUCAGUAAGGUAAAGUUGCUGGACUGACCGAAGACGUGGAGGAUAGAAAUAGUCUCUAAUGUGUAGAGGGCUUCAGUUUGGCUGUUUUUGGUCCAGCAUGACCUUGCUAGGGGUCUGUAGCAGGAAGCAAACUUUGAAAGUACAAUGAGGUGGUAGAAGGAAACUUUCACUGUGGAGCCACGUUGCUCAAACUAACCAGAAACGGGUCAGUUAAGCGAAGAUAAUAAAUCGGGAUUCGGGUAUUGGUGCGUUGGUGCUGGAGGAUCAGACCGGGUCUCUGAUGGCACUUUGUGUUCACAACCUGGUGUCGGUUUUAACUCCAAAGUAUUGUUGCUAUUUUAACUAAAACAAAAAUAUGUAAACCGUAGCUAUUAAAGUAAGUGAAAUAAACUUCAUUUAUUUAAAGUAUUAUUCUCAAUCUGCUGAAAGUAAUACUUGUAAAAUAGCGUCUAAUCAAAAUGUUUAUGAAAAUGUGUUUAUUUAUAAAACCCAGUUGUAUGAGCCUAAUGGGUUCAGCCAUCUGGAUUGGCUGUGAUUUGUGGCUAAAUUUGAAGAACCUCCAAAAAAGAAAAAUUAUAAAAUUAGCUUUUUUUUAUUUAAAAAACAUUAUAUGACAAUAACUGUCUUUAUUAAAAUGUUGUUACAAAUUACCUAGUAUCUGUUGGAAAGAAAAUGUCAACAGGUUAAAUGUUAUAGUGAUAAUAAAUUGGAGCCAAACGCCAGUUUGAGGCUGAAGGUGACAAGAUGACGAGAUGUUGGUUAGAGUCAGCUGACCUGGGGGUCAACCCUGCCGUUAAUGUAAUGAUGGCGAACUCUGUCGGAUGUGAAGGAAGCUGUCACCUGUUGAAAACCCACUCAAGGUAAACAUUUGUUAAAAAACGUUUAUUUCUAGGAAAAAAAGUUCAGCAUUUUUACCACUUGACCCUGAGAAGAGGGUUACUGGUUCUGUCACUGCUCAUCCUUUGGAGCUCUGGGUAAUGUAGUCCUUGAGUGGGAAUUUGACACAUGGAGCAGCUUCUUUUGUGAUCGCUCUUCAAAUGUAUUUAAAAGAAUCCCAUAUUUUAUUUUGUUGUCAGUCUUUCGUUCUGGUUAUUGCUGUGUGUCUUUGCUGUUUCAUACAGUUGUACAGCUCGUUGAUGUGCAGGUUUCCCUUUGGCUGUUUGUUGGGUUCUCUUUAUCAUCACCUGUAAAUGUUGGGUUUUUGUUUACCUGUUAACCUGCUGGCUUUAUGUUUUUUUUUUUUUUUUGCACUUUUAAUGUUCCUUUAUGAAGGCGGGACGGUUUUGGAUACUUUUAAGUGAAAAGCACCUUUACUUUGCCCUGUUUCUGUUUUGAAAUGACAAAGAGUGACGGAGUAGAGAAGCCAGAACAUUAAUGUGAAUCUAUUUUCCUACGUUGAUGGAAUAAAAGACGUGACAUUCA